AUGGAUGAAAAUGAUCUCGUAUCAAUUUUGAACUGUACUGAACAAUGCUGCAAACUACUUUUGUGUACAUCAUGUAAUACACUUCCGCGAGAUAUUGUGACGAUCAAUGGUCUAGAACCUAUCGUUUGUCUCACAUGUGCGGAAAAACAAUAUUCCAGUGGAAAAAUACCUUAUCUCUCGUUGAUUCAACCGAAUAUCAAAUGCAAUAAAGUUUUGGCAUUGCUCAACCGAACAUUUCGCACGUUGUAUGAUUUAAGUACGGAAAAUCCUUCUUUUUUAAUGGAAGAUGUUGUAUCCGAUUUGUUGACGAUUGUAGGCGAUUCACCGAAUGAACCGAAAGAACACAUUGAACAGAAGAAGGAAGCAAUAAAAGAAGGAGUGUUAACAUGUUUGAACCUACUACGCUCGACAAUUCGUGAAACUAAUCAAAUUGCACCAGUCAAUGAUUUGAAAAAGAAAAUUAUUAUAAAGAAAAAGAAUUUAAAUAUUCUCCACAACGAAAGUGAUGAGGAAGAGAAAGAAAACCAAUCUACCACACCUGAAAUUGAAGAGACUGCUGUUCGUCGGAAGACUGUUCGUGGUUCAAACGCAUCCAAACGGUCAGUUAGUAUUAAAACACCAGAAAAUGAAUCUCCCCCGAAACGGACCAAAACUACUGAAGAUAUUGAUGCGCCAUUAUCAGUCAUCAGUCCAACUGUAGUAAAAAAAGGAACGACUCCUGUUCGAAAGAAACUAAGCAACGAUGGUGAUGAGAAACAAGCCAAAUCACUCCGUUUGACACGAAAAGUUCAACAAACAGCAGAUGAGUCAAAAUCAAAUGAACCAAAUAAAAGUGCGAAAAAGGUUAAGAAAGACGAAGAAACCGAUGAAAAGCCAGCAGCUAUUCGUAAGAAAACUCUUUCAUCAAAUAAGUCUUCGCAUGACGUACGCAACGAUAAAGGCGAAUCACUAUUACAUCAAGCAGUGAAAAAAGCGGAUACAAAUCGUGUCAAACAACUGAUUGAAGAAGGACAUUCAGUCAAUACCAUCGAUCACAAUUCUUGGACACCAAUGCAUGAGGCAAGUUCGAUGUGUGAUCUUCCAUUAAUGAAGUUAUUACUUGCACAUAAUGCCAAUAUCAAUGUUCAGGGUGGUAGCGAACGAAUGACUGUUUUGCAUGAAGCGCUUUUAAAUGAACCUGUUAACGAAUUUCUUAUUAAAUUUUUACUUGAAAAUGGUGCUGAUCCACAUAUAAAAGAUAAAAAUGGUAAAAGUGCCAUUGAUCUUGCAGCCGAUCUUAAGCUUUCAUCUUUAUUCGAAAAAACUCAAUGUACAAAACCUUCACACAAUGAUGCACCGAUUGCUCCACCUGCUCGACGUCGAGCUCGAACAACAUCAUCAUCGAACGUUCUCUUUUUUACUGGUUUUGAUAAAGCACGGAAAGAAUCUUUAAUUAAAUCUGUGCAAACGAUCUUUGGUCGUAAAUGUGUAACAACAGCGAGAAAUGUGGAAAAUAAUGUGACACAUAUUGUUGCAUGUGGUGAACAGGACAACAUUGCCUUUCGGACGAUAAAUUAUCUUCGUGGGAUUGUUCUGGGCAAAUGGAUCGUUUCGGAAAAAUGGAUUGAUGAAUGUAUUAAACAAAAACAAUGGAUUAGUGAAAGUGAAUACGAAAUAACUGGUUCACAGAUCGAACCAACUUCGAAUGGAUCACAUGCAAGUCGAUUGAAACAUGAGCAAAACGAAACUCUUCUUUUUGACAAAUGUGAAUUUUAUCUCUAUGGUCAAUUUCAUACGUACAAAAAAGAAGAUAUAGCUGACUUGAUUAAAAUUUCUAGCGCAACACUACUUAAACGUGAACCGAAGCUCCACCGAAUCGAUAGUGACAAUGAAAUCAAUGCAAAUAAUUCAUCACCGAUCAAUUACAUUAUCUACGAAACGACAGUACCAGACGUUCUUCUUGAUAAUAAUCGUAUAAAACACAUAACACUACUUGAUUUUUUGGCUUAACCCGAAUCUCAUCGGAAGAUUUUUAUUAACAAUCUUUCAUUUAAAAUUACUCAUGAAACAUGUCUAAGUUAUUUGUCACAAUUUGGAGAAGUCUCGGAUUUCUUUAUAGUUCGUGAUCGACGAGGUCGAUCUCGAGGGUUUGGUUAUGUUACUUAUACUUCAUCGAAAACAGUCGAUCAGUUUAUGGCUGCUCGUCCACAUCGGAUUGACUCGCGUGAAAUUGUAGCAAAACGAGCGAUACCAAAACUGAUAAUGAAAAAAUCAGAAACAACCAUAACGUCCAAACGAUUAUUCGUAAGCAAUAUUCGCGAUGCAUCCAUUAGUGAGCAUGAUCUUAAUGAAUACUUUGCAAAAUAUGGAAAUAUUAUCGAUGCUCAAUUGAAGAAAACAGGUGAAGGGAAACUACGCGGCUUCGGGUUUGUGGAGUUCGACGAUUAUGACCCAGUAGACAAAAUUAUUUUGGAGAAAAAGCAUGUUAUCAAAGGAAAUAUUGUCAGUGUUGAGAAAGCAGUACCUAGAAAGCAAACUCCAUUUACAGCUGAUCUAAAUGAAACUCGCCAUGGUGACUCGUUUGCUUAUUCAUCAAACAGGAAUCUUGAUAUGGUUUCUGGGAAUGGUGAACCGAAUUUUGGUGGCAAUAGCUAUAGAUCUUAUUAUAAUCGACCAGUACCUUAUAGUAACAUUAGAAGACCUUGUGAAAGUCAUAUGCCGCUAUUUGACGACUCAGGAUUUAUGAACAAACUUGAUGCACCGGUUGACGAUUUCAAUAAUCCUUUUGGAGCCUUCGCUGGGCCAUCUGCCAUAGAUUUCGGUCAAAACUAUGGAUCGUCAUACGGUGGUGGUCCAAUGCGUUGUGGAAAUACAACUUCCAGCUAUAAUCAUGGGUAUUGGGAUUAUCCUUAA